AUGGUGCGCCCACUUCUUUCGGCUGUUCUGGCCCUUUUGCUGGUCGUGUACUUCCAAAAAGAGGCAAUCAACAACAUGACCGACGAGGCAACCGACUGGCUACAGGACAAGGUCCUGGAAUGGAUGGACCCGCCCCCUAUAAACAAGAUUGAUACGCACCAUCAUUAUGUGCCCUCAUUCUAUAGCAAGGCAAUUGCGAAGGCAGGAGGGGAUCCCAGCGGAUGGCCCACUCCAUCCUGGAGGCCUCUACAGUCAAAGUUGCUUAUGAAACGGCUCGGCGUACAAACAUCGAUUCUCUCUGUGACAGCUCCUGGGGCUUGUAUCCUCCAAGGACAAGAAUCUUUCGACUUAGCACGGAAACUCAAUAUAUAUGGCGCUGAGAUGCGAGACAAAGAUCCCCAAGCCUUUGGUUUUCUUGCGUCACUCCCGAGCCUUCUAGAUACGGAGGCCGCACUUGCGGAACUGACCUACGCUCUUGAUACGCUGCACGCAGACGGCGUCACCUUGUUUACACGCUAUGGCCCAGGGAACGUAUAUCUGGGACAUCCUUCUCUAGAACCAAUCUGGGCUGAGCUCAAUCGCCGGAAAGCUGUUGUUUUUAUUCAUCCUACACACCCGGCUGACACGACACCUAUAAAUAAAGUGCUCCCGCAGCCUGCCGUUGACUACCCACAUGAGACAACCCGCACUGCCAUGGAUAUGAUCACCCAGGGUACACUGCGCAAGUUCCCGGACUGCAAGGUUAUCCUCUCACAUGCAGGUGGUGCCUUACCCUAUCUUGUAACGCGCGUGGCUACCCCGAUGCGCAAGGCACCCGAUUUUGCAGUUAACUUGCGCAUGGGAACCACGCAUUCCCAGGUGAUGGAAGACUUCCGUAGCUUUUACUUUGAUUUGGCGCUGUCGACAGCGCCAUCUGUGCUGGAUAUGGUCUUGAAAAUGAUCCCGCAUGAUCAUCUUUUGUUUGGGAGCGACUUCCCAUAUGCUCCAACCUCAGCAUAUCCGGCAUUUUUAGAAGAUUUGGAAGGGUAUGAGAUGGAUGCAGAUCUGAGGGAAAAGAUCAACUUCAGAAAUGCCCUCGAUCUGAUCCCAAGAUUACGAACUGAGUAA